GCCCUCCUCCCGUCUCUCCACCUACUCCAGCCUCCGCUGCUUCAGCUUCCCGAGCGAGCCCUGCGGCCGCCGGAGCAUCUCCCGCGGCGGAGCAGGAGCCGGAUGGUCAGAGGAGCCCGGCAGUCCCAGCAGCCGCGGAGUCGCCUGGCCCCCAGACUGUCUGGCACAGUGGAGAAACCACCUCGAAAACGGAAAAGCAGAGGACCCAAGUUCAAUUCCCAGCACCCAUAUGGUGGUCAGUAUCAUCAGUAUCUCCAUCUCCAGUCCUUGUUCUGGCCCCCACAGACACCAGGCACACACAGAUAUGCAUAAAAAUAACAUUUCUUAAGCAACUACUGUCUGACACUGGAGAUGAAGAAAUUUUAAAACGACGUCUCUCUCCUCCUGGAGUUUUUGUUAUAUCUGGAGAUAGAUGGACUGAAUUUACUCUUAAAGAAACCAUGUCCUCUGGAGGUGCUGAAGAUGACAUCCCACAGGGAGAGAGGAAGACAGUUACAGAUUUCUGUUAUCUUUUGGAUAAAUCCAAGCAACUGUUCAAUGGCUUAAGAGAUUUGCCUCAGUAUGGACAGAAGCAGUGGCAAUCCUACUUCGGAAGAACUUUUGAUGUUUACACCAAACUCUGGAAAUUCCAGCAGCAGCAUCGACAAGUCUUGGAUAAUCGGUAUGGCUUGAAGCGGUGGCAAAUAGGGGAAAUCGCUUCCAAGAUCGGGCAGCUGUAUUACCACUAUUAUUUACGAACUUCUGAGACCAGUUAUCUGAAUGAGGCUUUCUCCUUCUACUCUGCAAUCAGACAGAGAUCAUACUACUCUCAAGUCAAUAAAGAGGACAGGCCUGAGUUGGUUGUUAAGAAACUCCGAUACUAUGCAAGAUUUAUAGUAGUUUGUCUUCUUCUUAACAAAAUGGACGUUGUGAAAGAUCUGGUAAAGGAAUUGUCUGAUGAAAUUGAAGAUUAUACUCAUCGAUUUAAUACUGAAGAUCAAGUCGAGUGGAACCUGGUACUUCAAGAGGUAGCUGCAUUCAUUGAGGCAGACCCUGUGAUGGUAUUGAAUGAUGAUAACACCAUUGUUAUCACAUCCAAUCGCCUCGCUGAGACAGGAGCCCCCUUGCUGGAGCAAGGCAUGAUUGUAGGACAGUUGUCUCUGGCUGAUGCACUCAUUAUUGGUAAUUGUAAUAAUCAGGUCAAAUUCAGUGAGUUAACUGUUGACAUGUUCCGGAUGUUGCAAGCCUUGGAGAGGGAGCCAAUGAAUUUAGCUUCCCAAAUGAAUAAGCCAGGAAUACAGGAGCCAGCUGACAAGCCCACCAGACGAGAAAACCCCCACAAGUAUCUACUCUACAAACCGACCUUCAGCCAGCUGUAUACAUUCUUAGCAGCAUCUUUUAAGGAGCUGCCUGCCAAUAGUGUGCUUCUGAUUUACCUGUCCGCCACUGGUGUUUUCCCCACAGGUCGUUCUGAUGGUGAAGGUCCUUAUGACUUUGGAGGUGUACUUACUAAUAGUAACCGGGACAUUAUCAACGGAGAUGCGAUUCACAAACGAAAUCAGUCUCACAAGGAGAUGCACUGCCUUCAUCCUGGAGAUCUCUAUCCAUUCACAAGGAAGCCCCUGUUCAUCAUCGUGGACUCCUCCAAUAGCAUUGCCUACAAGAAUUUUACAAAUUUGUUUGGACAGCCACUUGUCUGCCUUCUUUCUCCCACGGCAUAUCCAAAAGCUUUGCAAGAUCAGUCUCAGCGAGGUAGCCUCUUCACGCUCUUUUUGAACAAUCCUCUAAUGGCCUUCCUAUUUGUGUCUGGAUUGUCAAGCAUGCGUAGAGGCCUGUGGGAAAAGUGUCAAGAAUAUCUUCGAAAAAUCAACCGUGAUAUUGCCCAGCUACUGACCCAUUCACGUUCAAUAGAUCAGGCCUUCCUCCAGUUUUUUGGAGAUGAAUUUCUUCGAUUGCUUCUCACAAGGUUUGUCUUCUGUUCAGCCACCAUGAGGAUGCACAAGGCCUUUCGGGAAACUCGAAAUUACCCAGAAUCCUAUCCACAACUGCCAAGAGAUGAAACUGUGGAGAAUCCUCACCUUCAGAAGCACAUUUUGGAAUUGGCCUCCAUUCUGGAUGUUCGAAACAUCUUCUUUGAGAAUUCUAUGGAUGACUAUUAAAACCCUCUUGUUUAACAGUUUUUUCAUUUUCCACAGAUUUUAAAUGGUGCAGUUUUUUAAUGUAAUGACAGACAUAGUGUGUUACUUGGUUUUUAUUUUUGGAUUUAGGAACCACCAUUUUAAAAGCAAACUGAAAAAAGUUCAAACUUUUAGGGUAACUUUUAAAAUAUAAUCUUUCAAAUCUUUUAAAGUCUCAAUCUUGAAAUUUUUUUUUUUUU